GCAUGCAUGGUGAGAGAAGACAAAGAGAAUAAACAUGUACGGCAACAGUUGUCCAAUUGCUGUUGUGCAUCCAAUGAAUGUAGUUUGUACCAUUCUAAGUUCAAGCUCAAUCUUCUUGUCGUUUUUUCCUAUGAACUCUAGGAAAGGAUUAAUUGUUUAAAUCGCCAUUCAUUUUUAUCAUACACUAUAUUGGACUGAAUAAUUAUCAUAACUUAGCAGAAAAUUAACAUGACUUUCAUAUCUUCUUUUUCAGUUCCAUGAUCAUAAUAAGUAUUCAUAAAUAGCUUAUUCAACCAAUGGUUCAUUUGACCACAUUUGGAGAGUUACUUAAGUCAAAAGAAAUGAGUGGAAAUGAUGUUGAGGGAGGGAAUGAGGAGGGAAAUAUAACAGUGACAUGGGAGAAAUUAAGGGUCACUGUUCCAAAUGGAAACAAAAAAAGGAAAGCAAUUCUGCAGGAUCUUAAUGGUUAUGCUCAACCUGGAAGACUUUUGGCUGUUAUGGGUCCUUCUGGCUCUGGAAAAUCCACACUUCUUGAUGCUUUAGCAGGAAGAUUAAGCUCAAACCUAAAGCACACAGGAAAUAUUCUAAUCAAUGGUCACAAACAAGCACUGGCUUAUGGAAUAUCAGGGUAUGUAACACAAGACGACGCUAUGCUGUCAACAUUAACGGCCGGAGAAACUUUAUACUACUCGGCUCAACUUCAAUUUCCAGAUUCCAUGUCCAUAACAGAGAAGAGAGAACAAGCAGAUAUUAUACUCAGAGAAAUGGGUCUAAUAGAUGCCGUUAACACAAGGGUUGGAGGAUGGAGUUCUAAAGGCCUAAGUGGUGGACAAAAGAGGAGACUUAGCAUUUGCAUCGAGAUUCUAACUCGCCCGAGACUUCUCUUCCUUGAUGAACCAACGAGCGGACUUGACAGUGCAGCUUCUUAUUAUGUUAUGAGCAGGAUUGCACGUUUGAAUUUAAGCGACGGCAUUCGAAGGACUAUUGUUGUAUCCAUCCAUCAACCUAGCAGUGAAGUUUUUGAACUUUUUCAUGACCUUUGUCUUCUGUCUUCAGGUGAAACUGUAUAUUUUGGUCCAGCCUAUGAUGCAAACCAGUUUUUUACUGCAAAUGGUUUUCCUUGUCCAACACUCCAUAAUCCUUCAGAUCACUACUUAAGGGUCAUAAACAAAGAUUUUGAAAUGGAUGUUGAAGAAGGCUUUGGUAAGGGAGUAACAACAGAAGAAGCAAUUGAUAUCCUUGUAAAGACUUAUAAAUUGUCUCGAAUUAGAUCCAAAGUUAAAAAAGAAGUGGCAAAAAUAAGUGAAAGUGACUCUGGUGCAAUAGGGAAGAAGAGGAUCCAUGCUGCAUUUAUCACUCAAUGCCUUGUUCUUAUAAGAAGAUCUUCUUUGCAAUUGUUUCGCGACAUUGGAAAUUAUUGGCUCCGUUUAGUUGUCUUCAUUUUAAUUGCUAUAAGCAUUGGUUCUAUCUUCCAUGACAUUGGUUCAAGUAGUGGAUCAGUAUCUACUCAGGGGAGAGGUUCUCUGCUCACAUUUCUUAUUUCAGUUCUUACUUUCAUGACCCUUGUUGGUGGAUUCUCUCCACUUUUGGAGGAAAUGAAGGUAUUUGAACGAGAGAGAUUGAACGGACACUAUGGUGUUACCGCUUUUCUAAUUGGCAAUAUAUUCUCUGCUAUUCCUUACAUGCUAAUGAUCUCUCUAAUUCCUGGUGGAAUAGCAUACUAUCUUUGUGGAAUGCACAAAGGACUAGCAAACUUUAUAUACUUCACUUCAUUACUAUUAGCAAUUGUGAUGUGGGUUGAGAGUCUUAUGUUAGUUGUUGGAAGCAUAUCUCCAAAUUAUGUAAUAGGAAUGUUCAUUACUGGUGGAAUUGAAGGACUAAUGAUUUUAACUGGUGGAUUCUAUAGAUUACCAAAUGAACUACCUAAACCACUAUGGAAAUACCCUUUAUACCAUAUAUCUUUCCUUAAGUAUGCAUUUCAAGGAUCAUUCAAGAAUGAAUUUGAAGGGUUAACAAUUUUGAUAGGGACCAAAACUGUAAGUGGUAGGGAAAUAUUGGUUGAGACAUGGCAUGUUGAAAUGGGUCACUCUAAGUGGGUUGAUCUUGCUAUCAUGUUUGGUAUGAUUUUAUUAUAUAGAGUUCUAUUCUUGGUAAUCACUAAGUGCAAGGAGAAGUUUAAGAAUUUUGAACUUCCUCGAACUCUCCUAAGUGUAAUUGACAUGGGUGGUCAUGAUGGAGAAAAGGGUGGCAUUACUGUGACAUGGGAGAAUUUGGAGGCAAUUGUUACAAAUGGAAAGAAUAGAAAAAUAAUUCUGCAUGGACUUACAGGUUAUGCCCAGCCAGGGAAGCUUUUGGCUGUAAUGGGACCUUCAGGCUGUGGCAAAUCCACAUUCCUUGAUGCUUUAGCAGGAAGAUUGAAAUCAAACAUACAACAAUCAGGGAACAUUCUAAUCAAUGGCAAAAAACAAACACUGGCGUAUGGAACAUCGGGUUAUGUAACACAAGAUGAUGCUAUGCCGUCAACUUUAACAGCUGGUGAAACUUUAUACUACUCAGCUCAACUUCAAUUUCCAAACUCAAUGUCCAUAGCAGAGAAGAAGAAACAAGCAGAUAUCACACUCAGAGAAAUGGGCCUGCAAGAUGCUAUUAACACAAGGGUUGGAGGGUACGGUUCUAAGGGCCUAAGUGGGGGGCAAAAGAGAAGACUUAGCAUUUGCAUUGAGAUCCUAACACACCCCAGACUCCUUUUCCUUGACGAACCAACCAGUGGACUUGAUAGUGCGGCUUCCUACUAUGUUAUGAGUAGAAUUGCAAGUUUGAGCCUAAGGGAUGGUAUUCAAAGGACAAUAGUUGCCUCCAUUCAUCAGCCUAGUAGUGAAGUUUUUGAGCUUUUCCAUGACCUCUGCCUUCUUUCGUCUGGGGAGACGGUAUAUUUUGGUCCAGCAUCUGAAGCAAAUCAGUUUUAUGCUUCAAAUGGUUUCCCUUGCCCAACUCUCUAUAAUCCUUCUGAUCACUACUUAAGGAUCAUAAACAAAGAUUUUGAACAGGACACUGAAGAAGGAUUUGGUAAAGGAGUAAUUACUGAAGAAGCAAUUGGUAUCCUUGUAAAUUCUUAUAAGGCGUCAGAAAUUAAAAGCCAAGUUCAGAUCGAAGUGACAAAAAUAAGUGAAAGUGAUUUGGGUGCAAUAAGGAAUAGGAGGAUCCAUGCUCCAUUUCAAACUCAGUGCAUGGUUCUUAUAAAAAGAUCUUCUCUGCAAUUGUAUCGUGACAUAAGCAAUUACUGGUUACGUCUUGCUGUCUUUAUUGCUUCGGCUAUAAGCCUGGGCUCUAUCUUCUAUCACGUCGGUACAAGUAAUCCAUCUAUUCAGGUCAGAGGGUCGCUAAUUUCAUUUUUUAUAUCACUCGUGUCUUUCAUGACACUUGUUGGUGGAUUCUCUCCCUUGAUUGAGGAAAUGAAGGUGUUUGAACGAGAGAGAUUGAAUGGGCACUAUGGUAUUUCUGCUUUUCUAAUUGGCAACAUAUUAUCUGCUAUUCCUUACAUGCUAAUGAUCUCUCUCAUUUCCGGAGUAAUAAUUUGUUACCUUUCUGGACUGCACAAAGGACUAGAGCACUAUUUAUACUUUGCUUCUAUCCUAUUUGCCAUUAUGAUGUGGGUUGAGAGUCUUAUGAUGGUUGUGGGGAGUAUCUUCCCAAAUUUUGUGAUGGGUGUGAUCAUUGCUGGAGGAGUUGAAGGACUUGCAAUUUUAACAGGUGGAUUUUAUCGACAUCCUAACGAUCUUCCAAAGCCAUUAUGGAAGUACCCUUGCUACUACAUUUCCUUUCUCACAUAUGCUAUACAAGGAUCAUUCAAGAAUGAAUUUGAAGGCUUAACAUUUGCUGGGUAUCAAGAUGGAGGUACCACAACUGUUAGUGGUAAAGAUAUACUAACUGGGACAUGGCAUGUGCAAAUGGGUCACUCUAAGUGGGUUGAUCUUGUUAUCAUGUUUGGAAUGAUUGUUGUUUAUCGAGUUCUAUUCUUGGUCAUUAAUAAGGUCAAGGAGAAGUCAAAACCCACUCCUACCAUCAAUGGACCCAGAGCAAAAACUUUCUCUAGAACCAAUAUGGAUGAACCCUAA